AUGGCAAAGGCUCGGAAGCUACGAAGUGGGAUUGAAGAAGCUAAGGGACUGUAUGAAGAAUGGAUGGAACCAGAUUGGAGAGGGAGUACCACGGCUGGGUCCAAUUCUACUACUGAAGCAGUCCAGCCAAAGAACAGAUCCAAGUUUAAAUUCGCGAGUGAAUAUCAACGAGAUCUAAGUACUGCGUAAGCCAUGUUACACAUAAGAGAGGUUCCCGCUAAAUUCAAAGCAAGAAAUCCAGACACCACCUUUUAGAUCAAUUUUGGCCUAUUGCCGCCCUCGCAGUCGGGUUCGGACAAGGUAUUUACCCAUAUUCCAGUGAAGGUAAAAAUUUCGAGUAUUUAUCUUUCAAGGGUCGAAAACAAUGGUAAGGGAUUUUUACCAAGGUAAAAUUCAUUAUGGGCUUAUGGGUUUUCCUGAUUUUCGAGAAUACCCGAAAUUUUUGUUAUAUUUCCGCACGCCAAUUUAUCUUCUUCUUUUUUUCUUCUAUAUUCCCGGGCAUAUCCCCGCGAGGUGAAAAAUACUGGUUUUCCCUAACCCUACUGCACAGUGCAAAACAAAAAGUUAGAAAUAGCCAAAAACGGAAGCUGCGCAUCACGGCCAAAAAUAAUUUAGCGGAGACCCGUCUUAUAUUUACAUACACAUGACCAUUUUAAGAUCAAAGAGCGUACUGAACCCUCAGACCUUACCUACCGAACGCAGAAUUCAGAAUCAAAAAUCUCGUGAAUUGAAUUGGAAACCAGUUGACUUCGAAAAGUUCUACAGAUGGGUUACCAAUGGGACAUUAAAGGACUUAUACAAAGCCAAAUCAUUGCUCUUUGAGGACUGA